AUAUACUCAAGAAAAUCCAAAACCAGGACAGAACACCACACGGCAGAAACUAGUUGCCCUUUUCGAUUCCCCCUCCAAUAACCUUCGUGGUCCCGCCGCCCCGCCCCCGGCAGCCCACCGAGCAAAUCAAAUAGGCGGCCGAGCGAAGCAGAGGCCAAGCGAAACAGAGCAACCGCUGGCAAGCAGCACGAAUCUCCCCUCCUCCUCCCGAUCCCACCAACCACCACUAAUUACUUCUAGUCCACUGCCUACGCACAUCGGAGGAGGAGGAGGCGCCGCCGCCCCGACGAGCAGGUUCCGAUUCCCGGCGGCGAUGGCAACGUCGUCGUCGUCGUCGAGCGUGUCCACGGCGCGGCAGCCGCUGCGGUGCCUCCCCGCGGGGCGCGCCGCCAAUGGAGCGGUGACGCUGGGGCUCCCGAGGAGGGAGGCGCGGCUGGCGCUGCGGGCGGGCGCGCGGCGGAGCGUCGAGGCCGCGGCGUGGGCGGCGGCGGCGGCGGGGCCCAUGGCGUGGGGCAGGAGCAGCAGCAAGAGGAGGGAGGAAUCGGCGGUGUGUGCGGCGGCGGGGCAGGUGGCCGGGAGGAGCGCUGGGGCCGGGGCGGGCAGCAGGAGCGUCGGGAUGGACGUGGCCCUCGCCACGGCCGCCGUCGUCGCCACCGGCACCGGGAACCGCGUGCUCUACAAGCUCGCCCUCGUCCCGCUCCGCCAGUACCCCUUCUUCCUCGCGCAGUUCGCCACGUUCGGUUAUGUGGUUGUCUAUUUCUCAAUCCUGUUUUUUCGCUAUCAAGCUGGCACUGUUACGGAUGAGAUGCUUUCUGUACCACAGAAGCCUUUUAUACUCAUAGGCCUCUUGGAGGCUCUAGCAGCAGCGUCAGGGAUGGCUGCUGGAGCUAUUCUUUCUGGGGCUUCAAUACCAAUAUUAUCACAGACCUACCUUGUAUGGCAGCUUCUUUUGUCUGCUAUUUUCCUAAAGAGGCGCUAUAGAGUUAAUGAGAUAACUGGAUGCUUUCUAGUGACAGUUGGUGUGGUAAUAACUGUAGCAAGUGGAUCUGGUGCUGGUGCUUCACUACAAAGUACUGGAAUUUUGUGGCCACUGCUAAUGAUAAUAUCAUUCUUUCUGCAAGCUGCUGAUACAGUAUUGAAGGAAAUAAUAUUUAUAGAUGCUGCCAAGAAUUUGAAGGGUGGCUCAGUUGAUCUUUUUGUCGUCAACUCGUAUGGCUCUGCUUAUCAAGCUAUUUUUAUGUGUCUCUUGUUGCCAUUCUUGUCAAAGUUAUGGGGUAUUCCGUUCCAUCUACUGCCAACAUACAUCAGAGAUGGUGCAGCCUGCUUUCUAAAUAUGGGAUCGUUAUCUGCUGGCUGUGAAGGGGCACCACUGCUACCCCUACUAUUUGUGGUUGUUAAUAUGGCAUUCAAUAUAUCCUUGCUUCACCUGCUGAAGAUUUCUUCGGCUGUUGUAUCUUGUCUAGCCUCCACAUUCUCAGUUCCGCUGUCGAUCUACGCUUUCACUCUACCGCUGCCGUACAUCAGCGUGGCGUCGACCCUCCCUCCCGGCUUUGUUGCAGGCGCGGCGGUUCUCAUUGCCGGCUUGCUAACAUAUAGCCUUCCUCAGCCACAAAAUUGCGAGAAAACCAGGAAUGACUAGGUGGGAGAUGGAGGAUACUCGCAGUUUGUGGAGGGGAAGAGAACCAGGGAGAAGAGCAGCAGCAUCAUCACCACGGGGACGAAGAGCAGGAAGGCCGGCGGCGGUGGCAGCGGCGGCAGCACCAGUGGGAGGCACAGGAGCGUCGCCGCCGCCGCCAGCACGAUCAUCAGGAGGACGCCUCUGUCCAUCUGAGGCUAGUGGAUGUUCAUCUCUCUGUGUGCGUGUGUGUUUUGGUUGGGUUCCUUGGAAGAGGAAGGAAAAACUCUUGUGUUGCUUCGUGUGAGAGACAAGUAGCUACUGCAUCUUUGAUUC